GCAAUAACGGGCAUAACGAGUUAUAUCAACAACAAGGUGAAUGUAAUCGCCAAAAUUAUACAAUGAUGCAGAGCUUUAGUAGAGAUUCUAGCAUUGACAUUGACGUGUAUAGAAUACACAGCGUGUGAUAAUGCAUAUAUAGGACUAUAGUCAUAAUGAUGAUCUUCAAAUCCAACUUCACAUUCUGCAGCACAAGACAAACCGGCCAGUACACUGUUGCAAGCACGCUCGACAAAAUGCCUCUUGACACCGUAGCGAUAAUAAAAACAUAUCGGCAGUCAACCGUCAUCCUACAGCCAUGUGGAGUCACUGUGCAAGAUGUACUCUAUCAUCCUGACAGUUUGUCGUCUACAUAUGAUAGAUCGAUCGUAUACAGCAUUUUCAACCCAGAGAAAAUCGACCUUCAAAGGUAUGUUAUACCUAUACCUCUUUAUCUAAAUGUUGAUGGGGUAAUAGCUAACGAUAACAUCACAAAGAUAGCCAUAUUGACCAGCCAGGUCAAACAACAGGGUGAUGGAAAUAACAAACAAUCUCAACUUUUAGUAUUUGAUCUUAAAAGCACAGUUUCGUUUUCUGCAAAAGUUGCAUUUUACCCAGAAUCUGCUGUAAUGAAAAUGUCAUGGCUGAAUGAUUCAACAAUUGGGGUUGUAACAUCAAAUGCUGUUUUUCAUUAUAAUGUUCUGCCUACAUUUAAACAAGAUCCCGUACAGGAAACGCCGAUUUUAAGCUUUGCUGAGCAGUUUAAUGAAGUGACCAACUACGAAAUAUCAUAUGAUGGAAAGUUUGCCUUACUUGAAGCUCAGUUGGUUGGAAAUACCUGUCCAAGCUUUUAUAUCUGUGAUACAAGUACCAAAUUCAUUCAACAUCUCGAUGGAGUGAAAGGUUGUCAUUUGCAAAGAGUUCUUACAGACCAGACAUGGAUAUCUGCCAUAGUAUACAAACGCGGCAAAUGGAUAUUCUAUUCUCAGAAACUUGAGCCCAGGGAUCAACUUGUAGACAGAACAUUCAAUACAGCCGAACCGCUUGAUGUUUAUUGGCCAGAAGAAACAUGUAUACAAUUUUGUCAUACUAUCCAUGAGAUUUCUACACAAUAUUAUUUGAUAUCACAAGAGCAGAAAGUGAUGGUAAGAUUUAACACUGACUGUCGAAUCAAAGAGUCAAUUCAUAGUUCAUUUACGGACUUUAAAAUCGCACCUAAUGGAGAUAUCACAGCAUUGAACCGUGAGAAAAAUGAUACUACUAUUUACACAAGCGUUGAAAUGAAUCCCAAUCUACAUGCUCCGAAAUGUCCAUUGUGUCGCCAUAUCCCACAUGCUGACUAUAAUUGCGAUGCGAAGUCUCUGGCUAUUCUUGAGAUGUUCUACAGUCACAAUAAUCUCAGUGGCCAUAUAUUAGUGGCUGGAGAUGCAAUACUUCCUAAUUUCGUAUCCAGAGAACUGUUUAUGACCCUAGAUGACAACCGACAUCUUUAUCGUAACGCAAAACAUGUAACAAUCGCUGGGAUAGCUAUUCCUAAACAAGAUCUCCGUCACCAUGAACAUAUGAAAGAAAAUGUUCCGUCAACCACAGGACUCGUUCUAACCCCGAAUACAGAGAGAAACCUGAAGAGCAUUAUACACUCAGUCGUUCUAAACCACCCUGUAAUCAUCGAGGGGAGUACCUCUGGGGGAAAGACAGCAUCAGUCGCAUACUGUGCAAGCAUUACCAACUCACCCCUACUUCGUUUCAAUCUGACCCCACAAUCUUCUAUAUCAGAUUUGCUCGGAACGUUAGAGUUUGCCGACAAUGAUGACCAUGAACAUGAACAAGUUAAAGAAGAAUCCUAUAUGAAACAAGACAGUAGUUCAAGCGGUCCAAAUUUAAAGCUUGUGUUCAGACCAGGAAUGUUGAGUCGUGCAGUAAAAGAAGGAUAUUGGCUAUUACUUGAUGAAGCCAAUAUUGCAGGAGACGGAAUUCUUAGAGUAAUAGAAGAUCUAGCUAAUUCGGGAGUUCUCCAAAUUAGAAGUAACAUGUUAGCUGGACAAACAGAUGCACUCUCUGGGUGCAUCCAAUAUAGACAACAUCCAAACUUCAGACUGUUUCUUACCCAAAAUCCACCAGACGAUAAUGCCUACAGAGGCACAAGAAAUAUAUUCUCAGAGUCACUCCUUAGCCACUUCAAACCUGUAGUAUUCCAAACAAUACCUCUGUAUCCAGAUUGCUAUGAGAUUGUCAAAUCCACAUUAGUUGAGGAUACCAACACUGCGCAUGUUUUAAUUGCAUUGUUCGAAGAGGUGAAUGAAGUGAGAAAACGGUCAGAACAGAACAUAGUCCUGCUGACUAUGAGGGACCUGCUGCACGCAUGUGCAAUCAUAAAACAGUGUUCGCGUUCUGAUGUAUCAGUUGGACUAUUCUAUCUGUUUUCACAGCAUAUGACUGCGGAUCUUAAAAAGAAAGUACAUUUGCUAGUUCAAAGAAUGAUAGGGCCUCUGAAUAAUAUUGUGACUUUAAAAAGAGACAUGUUUCCUCCUACAACAGCAUUGCUUGAGAAGCACACUGAGAUGUUUCAGUUUUUCAACUUGUGUCACCAGACCAAAAGACCAGGGCUACUAGUUGGCGAGAACUACUCUGGAAAACUGACAUCUAUAACAACGUGGGCAGAAAUCAUGAAGAUUGAGACUGAGAUAUAUUACACAAAUGCUGAAACAACAUCCGAAGACCUCAUAGGAAAAAUACAACCUCAGGAGGAAGGAACUUCACCUUUUCUUUGGACGGAUGGGCCAGUUACAAGAGCAAUGAAAAGGGGAAGGUGUUUGGUACUGUGUGGCAUUGAUCAGCCCGAUGAGACUGUGUUGGAGUCAAUGAAUCCCAUUCUUGAAGCGAGAGGCAAUCGACGGAUCGAGAUAGGAAAUAAGCUAAUUGAUGUGCACGAUGACUUCUUUGUCAUAUCUACUUACAACAAAUCAGAUGACAUGUCACUGAAACUAACACCAGCGCUUCUCAGUCGGUAUUUGUGCUUUGAUAUGCCGUCGGGGAUGACAGGCUCGGAUAUAACAUCCCUUGUUCGUGCUGGUAUCACGUCCGAUAACUUCAGAAGAAACGUACAAAUAAAGGUCAUGGCAUAUUGCAAAAGAGGGGAUGCUUCAUUAGGUAAUCUUUGUCGAUUCUUGAGAGCUUCCAAUAAAAUUGUUCAGAAGCUUGACAUGACUGAUACCGUGUCCAUGUGUGGAAUAGUUGACAAACACCUAGACACACUUGUGAAGAUACUUUUUGAGAACAAAGGCAUGGACAUAAAAACAGAUGACAUUGACACAGACUCUGAUGAGUUGAAUCAAAUGAUUGCCUGGUUUGAGAAGAAUAGUUACUGUCUACAGGGAACUUCGCGAAUUGUAUUGGCAUCUCAUCUCUUACAACUUAUGCAGAUGAAUAUCCCUGUGCUGUUACAAGGUGUGGCAGGUGUUGGUAAAACAUCUAUCGUCAAAUGUAUGGCAGAAUAUCUGAAAUACAAAAGGAGUGAAAUAACCGUGUUCAGUUUCAACAAGGAAACAUCCAUAUCUGACCUGAUGGGUUGCUACAUGCCGGCUAAAGGAAGGGUAAUGUUUAAAGAAGGUCCGUUGUGCUUGGCUUUGAAAGAGGGGUGGAUAUUCGUAGCAGAUGAACUGAAUCUUGCUCAACAAGAGGUAGUCGCCUACCUGACACCACUCUUAAACAACCCUAAAAGAUUCCUGAAUUCGGUAAAUGGAAAAAAAUAUGACAUUCAUGACAGAUUCUCCUUUAUUGCUACACAGAACCCUCCUGAAUAUGCUGGACGUAACGUGCUUCCACAAGCAGUCCAGUCGAGGCUCGUGAAACUGGAAAUUCAGGAUUAUUCUAAAGAAGAGAUAAUAAACAUUAUGCUGACGAGAGAAAAAACAACUACUGACAAGCCAAAACUAAAAAAAGAAGAGCUACACAAACGGAUGCAACACGUGGUGCAAGAAGUCAUGAAUGCCGGAAUAUCACCAACACCAACACUUCGGCACUACUUGAAACUAAUGCAACGACUCAUUCAAAGAGGACACAUUUAUCAGAGGAAAUCUAAAUGGAAGGAAUUCAUAGCAUUGCACAUCAACGUAUUGUUCAACUGUCAGUCGGAGCAGAUGAAGGAGAAUGUCCUGAUACCUGUUAUAACUUUUGAAAACCACAAAUGGAAUUUUAAACUUUGCUUCAAAAAGAAGCCAAAGGUCUUCCUAGAAGCUUCAUGGCCAGCAAAAACUACUGCUUUGCUUGAUCCUGUUCUUCCGGGAGAGAACCUACUGAUAUGUAAGGUAGCAAUUGCGCUUAUGUACCACGAACCUAUCGUCAUUGAAGGUCCAACUAGCUUUAAGAGUACCUCUGUCCUACGUUUUGCCAGCAUGGUCGACUUACGUGUGCAUGAAACAAUGUCUGUUAAUUCAGUUUACAUGUCAAGUUUGACUGGAAUAAGCGACCUUGUAGGAUCAAUCGAACCACACUCUGGUCAGUCAUACACAAACCGAUAUGCUUAUCAGAUGGCGCAUUUACUACAAAACGAAUGUUCGACAUUUAUGGUUAAGCAACCAACCAGUAAAGGUGUACAUGAUGUCAUUGACUUCUAUUGCAACUUCGUGGGGUGUGUAAAACGAGAAUACAACAUAAGUCGUGACUGUGACGAGAGUAAGUUGGUCGAAAUACUUAUAGGACUACAGGAUAACGCUCCAGAUAAACUGAUACCCCUUUGCAUAUUUGCAGUGGACAUUUUGGACCAGUUAAAGAAUGAAAUGAAGAAUGGGCAAGGGUUUCCUUUCUGUGAGCGUGGAUUGCUGCAAAAUAUAAGGUUCGGUGGCAUCGCCUUGCUUAAAGAUAUCAACCUUCCAGACCAAGCUGUUGUGGAGUGUCUCAACUCUAUUACGGAACUGGAACCAGUUUUUACCCAUCCAAACUCUGUAAAAAUGCCAGUGGUAGUACAUGAAAAUCUAUAUAUUGUAGCAACAAUCAGUAAACCCAUGUUACGACCAGUAUCUCCUGCUUUGCGAUCAAGAUAUACAUUUAUAUCUGUAGAAGCUCCAGACUAUCGAAGUGCGGAAGUAGACCAGUUCCUCGCAGAUAUUUUGGUACAGAGAGAUAAACUGACCACAGAAGAUGAGAGCAAGAGAGUGAUCCAAAGUUACAAAGAAAACUACUUCACCAGAUAUAGGGACGUGACAGUAAAUGAUCUGAUAAAAUGGACCCAUUUUUGCAACAUCGCCACAUUUGAUGAAAAUCUCGAUGAAAAACUGAAAAUGGGAAACCAGAUAUUAUUCCAUGAUAGGUCAUCAAGCAACGAAAUGGCACUUGAGGGUUCUAAUGACAUGCUAGUACACGAUGAUGAAUCGAGUUGUUGGUACUUAAGAGCAUCGGGCGUUAUAUUGCCAAACGAACCAUCCAGGGUUGAGGAAGAUUUGGUAGUAACAGAUAAUGUUCUGAAUAUAGUGUCAAAGUUGUUGAUAGGGCACUACACAGGUCACGUGAUGAAUCUACUUGGCCCCCCUGGCGUAGGAAAAUCAAAGAUUACAGAAGUGUUUGCGAGGCACGUUUUAAAAAGGCAAUUUAUACGAAUAUCAUGCUCCAGUUGCCUAUCAGCUGACGAUCUAUUUGGAACAUUUACACCAUGUCUUGAUGGAAACAAAAUGAUGUUCCGUUAUGAGGAAGGUGCUCUUGCCAAAGCAAUGGGGAUGAACGAAGGCUGUGUUGUGCUUCUGGAUGAAAUUAACUUGGCACCAUCCGAUGUAUUAAGUACCCUAAUCGGUAUCUUGAAGCAUCCGCGGGAGAAACCAUACAUCAUACAUGGCAAUGAGUACAGCACUGAAAAGGUGCAGUUCAUUUGUGCUAUGAAUCCACCGAGUGUUGGGGGUGGGCGCCAGGACUUACACCCAUCUCUCAUGAAGCAUCUUACCACCGUCAGUCUCCAAUGUCUUACUGAUGACGAAAUCAAAACAAUCAUUCGACAAAGGUACCAUGAAGUAUUCAAAUUGGACACAGAAAAUGUCAUUCAAACUCAUUUUGGACUCAUUACCAAAAUUCAAGCUAGCAACACACACGAUGAGAAAUGCAACGUGUCGUUCAAUCUGAGGGAUAUAGAAAAGGUUAGUGCAAUUUAUGCUUCCAUGACCUCCAAAGUAGCUCCUUCUGAUGAAUAUUCUCCGAUGUUGAUUGUGAAGGCAUUAUGUUUAGUUUAUGCUGAACGAUUCAGCAACAUGAGCAACAAACAGCUUGCAAAAGAGUUUAUUCGUAAGACCUUCAAGAUCCAGGAAGAUGUUAGUCAACACAUUAAAGUGAAGUCUGAAUCGGGUGUGCUUUAUUGGUGCGAAGAAACAAAACAUAAACCACAACAUGCCAAUCAAUUCAAAACAGAGCACACAACUAAAGAGGAGCUGAAAGGCUCGAGUAUUCCCGAUCAUCAUCGACUAACAUAUACUAACGAAUUUGUUCGAAGAUUAGAUCUUGUAAACAUAGCUGUAAAUAGUCAAUGUGCAGUGAUAUUGACUGGACCACCAGUUUCGGGGAAAACUACCAUAGUUCAAGAACUAGCCAGACUGAAAAACAAACGACUUUACACAAUAGCUAUGAAUGCUGACAUGGAGAUCAAUGACCUAAUUGGAGGAUUUGCACCAGUAAAUCCAGAAUAUCUAGAUAAUUCAUUUCGAAGGCAGAUCCAAAAGCUGGCAAAUACAUUAAUUCAAGCAAUACCUGUAAAAUGUGUGCAAUAUGUGAUCGACAGACUAGAAUGUGGUCAUAUAAACGAAGUCGCUAGUACAUUAGUUAAUGACAGCAGAGAAAGUGUUGCAUUAAUCCAACAGAUUCAACACCUUUUGGAUAGAGAAUCCAAUCUCGAAAAAUCUGCAUUUGUAACAGGGUUCAGGUUUAUUCCCGGCCCAAUCAUUGAUGCUAUGCGUGAGGGCAGUUGGAUAUUGUUAGAUAACGUAGAUCUUGCCAGACCAGAAGUGGUAGAGAGAAUCAAUUCUCUUGUAGAAAGGGAUGCAUGCCUUUUCACACUUGAAAUAAAUGGGGAAAGUGAAAAUAAUAUACAGAAGCAUACCCCAAAUGAAGGAUUUUACCUUAUUUGCACUGCCAACUCAACUCGUGAUGGAAGGUUUCCACUCUCAGAGCCAUUUAGGAAUAGAUUUAUAGAAAUAUACAUUGACAAACUUGAAGACACUGCUGAUGCAUCCGAUAUCACUGGCUUAUUGAACGGUAUUGAAGAAAAUGAAUUAUGUAACCCAAGAGCAAUAGAUCUCGGCGACAAAGUCAAAACUGUACACGAGCGGCUACGAUCUUACUAUGAGAACGAAAAUAAAAUAGGUAUCUGUGGAUACAAAUUAAGUUACAGAAACAUUCAACGACUGUUUGAUACGGUAAAUGCGACGGACAUCAUUGCAGAGGGUCUAGAAGAAGCAUACGGAGCUGCUGCAUUGGGGGUUGAAUUAGGAAACGAUCUUCUGGAAAUUGGACAGCCAUUCUGUGAUCAAGACUAUGGUAAAUAUCUGUCUACCAGAGAUCGAGAAGCCAAGCCUUUGAGUACAGCGCCACCUAUUGUAUCUACUCGACUUAGGGGAAGAGAUACAGAAACGCCACCUGAUAUACCUGCUGACCUAAAGUCAAUUCUUUUACAUCUAAAGGAAAGACAUAUUCAUCUGGCACACACAAUUGAUAUUGUUAUAGAAUUUCUCGGAGAUGAUUUGUUAACUGUUUCUCAAACAUCUAUAGCAGAAGUGAAAAAGCUAUUGCAUAAUGUAGAAUCAGGCAUUUUAAUCUGUAUUGCUCUGGCUCAAUAG